AUGGCUCGAACGCCCCGGAAUCGGCCGCAGCAGCAGUCUGGCUUCGCGCGAGCAGCACAGCCUGACCGACCGACGGAGGUCGUCGCGAAAGCUUCCGGCGCGGCGAAAGCAACGGUUUCGCGAAGAGCCCAGAGCCUCAGCGACUGGCUGCGGGCGCACGGGUGGCGCAUGAGCAACCCGCUCCCCGACCCCGCCUUCCGCGAGCAGGACGAGGAGGGGGAGGAGGAGGAGGGCGGGUGGGGCGCUCUCAUGAAGGAAGGAGCAGCAGCAGCAGCUGGCGAUAGUGACAGUGAAGGUGCUGAGGGUGCUGGUGCUGGUGUGGCUGGUGCCGGCACUGGUGGUGCAAAUAGGGGUAACGCUGCUGCUGCUGCUGCUGCUGCUGCUGCGGCUAGUGCAAGCAGGCCCGUUACCGACUCGCUAUCAGCAGACUUGAUACCAGCAGAGGCCAACGCGACUUUCUUGCGCCUGUUACAGCAGCAGGGCGACUACGCGUGCGCCCUGUGGGUGCGCAACGUGUGCUACGCCUUCAACCCCCUCUUCCACUCCGUCCCCGUCGCCAACCACGAGAUCGAAAAGAUCAUGCUGCGAGAACGAAUCACGGACCGCCACGUGGGCGUGUGGUUCUGGAAGGACCCCAGAUACGACCUGUCCCGGUUGAACCUCUCUCAGAACAUCUGCACGGGGAAAUCCGCUCUCCAGCCGCUGAGGAAGGAGCACUUCUCGAGUGCGGACGUGCGAGAUGUGCCGGAGCUGAGUGGGCGCGUGGGGCCGUUUGUGCAUGCCAGUGAUGCUGAGCUCUUCUUCCUGCACGGCCGCCCGCCUGCUCACCCCGUCCCUGCCGCUGCUGCUGGCACCAGCAGCAGCAGCAGCGGCGGCGGCGGCAGCAGCAGCAGCAGUGGUGGUUACUCGGGUAGUGCGUUCACCACUAACAACGCCUCAUUCGCCAUCUCAGUCGAGCAACCGGAGGAGUGGCGGGGCGUGGGCAUGGUGUCGCUGAGAGACGGGCACCUGGGUCACUUCGUGGAGUUCAUCGGUGCCAUGACUGAACUCGCCUCACACCUGCCCACUGGCAAGAGGGACAGGGACGUGCCAGGCACGCAAGUGGCAGCGGCAGACAAGGAUUCUCCAGGCAGGGAGGUGGCUUCUGGGGGAGGGACGGCUGAUGCUGCUGCUGCUGCUGCUGCUGGUGACAGUGCUGGUAGUGCUGGUGCUGGUGCUGGCGCUGGUGAUGCUGCUGGUGUCAGUGGUGGUGCGGCUGCUGCUGGUGGUGGGGAUGGUGGAAAGGAGGGGGACAGGGUUGACGUGCAGCCAGUGCUCUUCUUUCCAAGUGGUGCGGGAAUAUCAAGGUGGGUAGCGGCAGCUGGCGCGGUUGCCAUGCGUGGCCCUCAAGCCAUGCGGGAAUACCAAGGCAUGAGAGUCCCCCAAGCCAUGCGGGAGCAUCAAGGCACGAAAGACCACGCAGGCAUGCGAGGGCUCAAGGGCACGAGACAGCAGAUCAAGAAGGGUGAAUUAGACCCAGCAGGGGAAUCCGGGGCGGCACUGGCGGCAGGGGGAGAAGCAGUGACAUCAGCAGGAGGAACACCAGUGGCAGCAGAGUCAACACCAGCAGUGGAGGCAGGGCGAGUGUGGACGCACACGACGUGCUUCCAGGACGCCUUCUUCCCGCUCUCCAUCGCCCACGCGCCCUCCUCUGCUGACCUCUUCCGCCUCUGGGUGGCCCAGGGCGCCGGGCUUGGCAAGACCCUUAAAGCCCAGCAGGCCGAUCCGCGGGGGGUGGAAAAGGGGGAUGUGGGUGAGAAGAAUGGAGAGAGAAAGGGGGGAGGGAAAGGAGGGAGAGGCAGUGGGGAAGGUGAGAAGAAAAUUGAUAAGAAAGGGAGGAGCAGUGGGGAGGAUAAGAAAGAUGAGGAAAAAGGGAAGAAGAAUGGGGGAAGUGAGAAGAAAGUUGAGAAGGGAGGGAGGAGCAGUGAGGGAAGUGAGAAGAAUGCAAAUGCAAGUGUGAGUGGUGGGGAGAGGAGAAAAGGAACAGAUAAACACAGUGAAAGGGAUAAGGGAGGCGGAAAUGGUGGAAAUGGGGGGAAUGGGGGGAAAAGGAGGAAUGAGAGAGAGGAUGGUAAGGAGGAGAAAGCAGGAGAGAAAGGGGGGGAUUGGAAAAUAAGUCGUCCUGGCAAGGGAGGGGAGAAAAAGGGGGUAAUUUCACAUGUUUCAGGUGCUUCAGUUGUUUCAACUGCUUCAGGUGUCAGAAGAGCCGCGACGGGCAGAGGAAGCAUGAAGUCCCACUCAAGCAGACACCUGCUGCAGCUGCAGUUGAGGAAGGGAGACCUCCCCGUGAGACACCUUAAAGCCAAGGGAACAACAAAUGUGAGCAGCAGAGAGCGGCAGCAACAGCAGCGGCGGCAGCUGGGGCAUGGAGAGAGUGGGAGGCGGGCUGCAGGGAGGAGGGUGGCAUGGCAGAUAACAGUGGUGGAGCGCAAGGGCGUGCGCACCAUCAGCAACUUCCGCCCCAUGGUUGGGCUACUCAGGGCCGUCUUUCCCCACCUGCCUGUCAAGGUCGUCUCGCUGGAGGCCAUGCCGUUCGCCGCCCAGGUGCGGGCGAUGCAUCGGACGGCGUUGCUUGUCUCGAUGCACGGGGCGUCCAUGGCCAACGUGGUGCUGCUGCAGAAAGGGGCGGCGGCACUUGAGAUCAUGCCAUAUAUGUGGCACUAUGGCGCGUACAAGCGCAUCGCACUGCGGUGGGGAGUGCACUACUUCAUGUGGCGCAACGAGCAUCGCAACCUCUCCACCUACACCGACAACUGCCUCGACGCCAACGGCUUCAGCCAAUGGCAGCCCGCCAAGUGUCACACGGUCACGGCCUGCAGGGCGUGCAUUCGAGAUAAGGUGGUAACAGAGGUGCACCUGGGGGAGCUAAGAUCUGCUCUGCUGGCUGCCAAGGAGGUGACAGUGGGCCAACAGACAGUGGGCAAACAGACAGUGGGCCAACAGACAGUGGGCCAACAGACAGUGGGCCAACAGACAGUGGGCCAACAGACAGUGGGCCAACAGACAGUGGGCCAACAGACAGUGGGCCAACAGACAGUGGGCCAACAGACAGUGGGCCAACAGACAGUGGGCCAACAGACAGUGGGCCAACAGACAGUGGGCCAACAGACAGUGGGCCAACAGACAGUGGGCCAACAGACAGUGGGCCAACAGACAGUGGGCCAACAGACAGUGGGCCAACAGACAGUGGGCCAACAGACAGUGGGCCAACAGACAGUGGGCCAACAGACAGUGGGCCAACAGACAGUGGGCCAACAGACAGUGGGCCAACAGACAGUGGGCCAACAGACAGUGGGCCAACAGACAGUGGGCCAACAGACAGUGGGCCAACAGACAGUGGGCCAACAGACAGUGGGCCAACAGACAGUGGGCCAACAGACAGUGGGCCAACAGACAGUGGGCCAACAGACAGUGGGCCAACAGACAGUGGGCCAACAGACAGUGGGCCAACAGACAGUGGGCCAACAGACAGUGGGCCAACAGACAGUGGGCCAACAGACAGUGGGCCAACAGACAGUGGGCCAACAGACAGUGGGCCAACAGACAGUGGGCCAACAGACAGUGGGCCAACAGACAGUGGGCCAACAGACAGUGGGCCAACAGACAGUGGGCCAACAGACAGUGGGCCAACAGACAGUGGGCCAACAGACAGUGGGCCAACAGACAGUGGGCCAACAGAAAGUGGGCCAACAGACAGUGGGCCAACAGACAGUGGGCCAACAGACAGUGGGCCAACAGACAGUGGGCCACGGCACUAGAGCAGCGAGCUGA